AUGCCUUAUGGCAUUUGUACUCCAGGUGCAUUUGCUUUUAUUUAUGUCAUUAUAUCACCUACUUAUUAUGGAUGUAUAUCUACACAUGAUAAAGCUUAUUGCCAACAAUUAGCAUGGUAUGUGGCUUUAGCCAGUAAUUUAAUUACGGGUAUUGUUCUUUUGCUACUUUGUAUAUUUGGUGAAUUCAUUCGAAAGAAUACUCCAAGUAUAGCACUUCUAACUUCCAUAUCUGGCCUUGGAUAUGCUAUUUUAGCAUUGAAUGAAUAUUUACCUGUAGCUGAAACACCAAUAGUAGCUUUCAUUCCAUUUACAAUAGUAAUGCUUGGAUAUUUUGGUGGUGUUACAUAUGGUCCUGUACCAAUUGCUGUUGUUGCUCUAGCAGCAGGUACAGUUCUUGGUUGGACUACAUCACUUAAUCAAGGCUCACUAGUGAAAGAAGCUGCUCAUCUUGUCAAAUUUUAUGCAUCAGUUUUUCCUAUUAAAGAAAUGAUUCAACAUAUGGAUACUAUACGUUUCUAUCUUUCAACAACAAUUCCAACAGCUAUUGUCAUUGCUAUUGGAACAAUACAAUGUGUUGAAACAGCUAAACGAGCUGGAGAUUUUUAUCCUACACAUGAAGCUAUGUUUGUUGAUGGUAUUGGAACAUUAAUUGCUACUUGUUUUGGUUCAAUUCUCAGUAUGACAGCUUAUAUUGGUCAUCCAGCAACAAAAAAGAUGGGUGCAAAACAAGCAUAUUCAUUAAUGAAUGGUCUUAGUUAUUUACCAUUAUGUUUUUUUGGCAUUAGUGGUUUACUUAUAUCUAUAAUUGCUAUUAUAGCAAUAAAUCCAGUUGUUAUUUUUAUUGGUUUGGUUAUAUGUUCUGAUACAUUAGCAAUUACACCUCAACGUCAUUAUCCUGCUUUUCUUUUUGGUAUAAUGCCAAUCGUAGCUGAUUGGGCUCGUGGUACAAUUAUAAGUGGUGUGUCUAAUGCUUACACAAAUUUUACUUUACCCAAUGCUCAAUUUUCAUCUAAUGUUAGUUCUGUCAUAACUGGUUUUUCGUAUCGUGGUUUGACCAACUUUGCUGGUGGUUCAUUAUUACAAAGUGUUUUUAUUACUGCUAUUCUAAUGUAUAUGAUUGAUCGAAAGUUUCUAAGAGCUACAGUAUGGUCUCUUAUUGCAGAUUUCUUUUCAUUCUUUGGUUUAAUUAAUGCAAGUAAUGUAGGUGUAUUGGUAAAGAAUAAAGAUGAUGGUUGGCGAUUCUCUGUAGCAUAUACAAUGUUAGCUGUUUUUUUCUUAUUAUUAGAAAUAGCACAAAGAAAACAUUGGAUAAAGGGACAAAAAAAAAAAGCUGAUGAUUUGUCAAGUUUUGAAAUGAACUGA